ACAGUGAGUUCAUUUCAUUUUGUAACGAUUGAGUCGAUCUCCAAAGUCUUCUUGCGCGCCCUUUAACAAUGCAUGGCAUAUAAUUCUUAAUGAACAUAUAAUUAACUAGCUCAAGCUGCUUGAGCCAAAAUAAUGGCGGAUGACGACGACAACGUUUCGUCAACUCUUCCCCAUGUCGGCGGUUUCCGGCUGCGCUGGGACGUGUUCUUAAGCUUCAGAGGCGAGGACACCCGGGAAACGAUCACCAAGAAUCUCUACGAGGCGCUCCAACGACACGGCGUACGGGUUUUCCUAGACAACGACGGUUUGGACCGCGGGGACGACAUCGGCCCGACUCUACUGGAAGCUAUCGAGGACUCGGCGGCGGCCAUCAUCGUCCUGUCGCCGAGAUAUGCCGACUCAAGGUGGUGUCUCAAAGAGCUUGCUAAGAUUUGCGAGGGCAGAAGGAGACUGAUUCUGCCUCUGUUUUACAAAGUGGAUCCCUCCGAAGUUCGGCGGCAAACCGGACCGUUUGAGGAGCACUUCAGACGACAUGAGCAGGUGUUUGAUAGCGCCAUGGUCUCUGGAUGGAGGACUGCCAUGACCAGAGUAGGCGAGAAAGCUGGUUUUGUCUUCAACAGCUCAAGGUAUGUGUAUUUGAUUGAAAAAUUAGUAAGACGGGUUUUGACAGAAAUGAACAAAACUCCUAUGGGUCUCAUACCGUACCCAGUGGGACUUCAUUCCCGAGUCGAAGAGGUGAUGAAGCAAUUAGAUAUCGGAUCCAAAACCGUUCAAGUUAUCGGAGUGCAUGGCAUGGGUGGCAUUGGCAAAACAACCCUUGCCAAGGCUCUUUUCAAUCGACUUGUUGGUUAUUUUGAGCGUCACAGUUUCAUCUCAAAUGUCAGAGAAAGCUCAGCAAAGGGUCUAAUAACUCUGCAAACCACACUUAUUAGUGAUCUUUCCAAAGGGAAGAUGCAGGCCGAAAUUAAUCAGACUAGUGAUGGUAUUGCUGCCAUCAAAGUUGUUGUGAAUGAGAAGCGAGUUCUCGUUGUUCUGGAUGAUGUUGAUAACAUAGACCAACUAAGUGCUUUAGUUGGCAAUGGACGAUGGUUUUAUGAAGGAAGCCGAAUAAUUGUUACAACAAGAGAUAGAGAACUCCUACCUAAUCAUGGUGUCAAUCAUAAGUUGUAUGAGGUCAGGGAGUUGGACGCGUCUGAUGCUCUAGAACUUUUCAGUCACCACGCACUGGGAGUUAGAGAGAACCCAGCAUCUACCUUUCUGAAACUAUCUAAGCAGAUUGUGGCUCUUACUGGUGGGCUACCGUUAGCUAUUGAAGUAUUCGGCUGUAGCCUCUAUGAUAAGAGGAGAGUAGAGGUAUGGACAGACGCUCUGGAAAAACUGAAACGGAUUCGUCCAGGGAAUCUUCAGGAUGUGCUGAUGAUAAGCUACAAUGGGCUAGAUGACCAAGAGAAGUGCAUCUUUCUAGACAUUGCAUGUUUAUUUGUUAAAAUGAAGACCAAAAGAGAAGACGCAGUUGUCAUAUUCAAGGGCUGUGGUUUUAAUGGUGAAAUAGGACUUACUGUCCUCACAGCAAGAUCACUCAUCAAGAUCGCUGAAGACACUACAUUGUGGAUGCACGAUCAACUCAGAGACAUGGGAAGAGAAAUCGUUACAAAAGAAAACGAUUCACAUCCUGGCAUGCGUAGUAGACUAUGGGAUCGCGAUGAAAUCAUGAAUGUUUUCGAGCAUGAUAAGGGGACACCAUCCAUACAAGGGAUUGUCUUAGACUUUGAAAUGAAAAGGAUGGUGAGUGACCUAGGUGGUGACACAAUUUCUUGGUACAACUUUCGGAGAAGCCCCAAUUGUACCUCUGCAUUGACAUACCUAAAGGAAAGAUACAAAGCGCAUCUUAAAAGCCAAGCAGAGAAAAAGGAAGAGGUCAAGAUUUCCUCUAAAGCUUUAGGAGCAAUGGUCAACCUUAGGCUGCUCCAAAUGAAUAACGUGCAUUUGGAAGGGAACUUUAAGUUCCUUCCUGCCGGAGUCAAGUGGUUACAAUGGAAAGGUUGUCCUUUGAGAUCUCUCCCUUCUGAUUUUUUACCUCGGCAACUCGCUGUCCUUGAUCUUUCAGACAGCAAUAUCACAAGUUUGUGGGGAGGACGCAGUAUCAUGCAAUGUUUCACUUGUCUGACCUGCAGUGGAGACGAAAACAAGGUGGCAGAGAAAUUGAUGUUCUUAAAUCUAAGAUACUGCAUUUACCUAACUGAUAUUCCUGAUUUAUCUGGGAAUCGGGCACUACGGCAGCUUAAUCUUGAGCACUGUAUUUCAUUGACUAGGCUUCAUGGCUCGAUUGGGAACUUGAACACAUUAGUCCACUUGAACCUGCGAGAGUGUUCAAAGCUUGUUGAACUUCCAAGUGAUGUUUCUGGCCUGAAAAAGCUCGAAUACCUAAUCCUCUCUGGUUGCACCCAGUUCCAAAGACUGCCAAACAACAUGGAAAGCUUGGUGUCACUGAAAGAACUUCUCCUUGAUGAAACUGCUAUACAAAGUCUUCCCCAAUCUAUCUUCCGGCUUACAAAACUCGAAAAGCUCAGCUUGAACCGGUGCAGUGUAUUAAAAGAGCUACCUGAGGAGAUUGGAAGGCUGUAUUCUUUGAAAGAAAUAUCCUUUAAUGGAUCUGGUUUGGAAAAACUACCUGAUUCCAUUGGCUCUUUGGCAAACCUUGAGAAAUUAAGAUUGUUCUGGUGUAAAUCACUAAAAACUCUUCCCAAUUCCAUUGGGAACCUCAAUUUCUUAAUGGAAUUUAGUACUUAUGGUACUCCACUCACUGAACUGCCUGCGAACAUUGGUUCAUUGUCAAGCUUAAAGGACUUAUCAGUUGGGCAGGGUCGAUUUCUGAGCUCAUUGCCUGAUUCAGUUGGAAGAUUGAGUUCUUUAGUUGUGCUAAAGAUAGAACAGACAUCUAUCACAGACCUCCCGCAGGAUAUUGGUGCCUUGAAAACACUUGAGAAACUUGAGCUGAGGAACUGUGAAUCUCUUAGAUCAUUACCAGAGUCAAUUGGAGAGAUGAGGGCACUAACUUCUAUAAUCAUAACUGCAGCAAAUAUCACUGAAUUGCCAGAAUCCAUAGGGUUGCUGGAAAAUCUUACCAUGUUAAUGUUGAACAGAUGUAAGCAGUUCCGCACGCUUCCAGCAUCAAUAGGACAGUUAAAAUCGUUGCACCAAUUGCAGAUGAAGGAAACUGCAGUGACCGAACUACCUGAUAGCUUUGGGAUGCUUUCUAGUUUGAUGGUUUUGAGCAUGGGGAAGAAGCCUCAAGCUGGGGGACCUGCAGAAGAGAAUUUUAUACUUCCAGCUUCCUUCUCAAAUCUGUCCUUGCUGUACGAACUGGAUGCCCGAGCUUGUCACAUAUCUGGUGACAUUUCUGACGAUUUCGAGAACCUGUCAUCACUUGAAACUUUGAAUCUCAGUCGUAAUAGUUUCUGCCACCUUCCAGCCAGCCUGAGUGGCAUGUCCGUGCUCCAAGAACUUCUAUUGCCUCAUUGUAGAAAGCUAAAGUCUCUGCCUCCGCUUCCCUCAAGUUUGAAAAAGGUGGAUAUUGCAAACUGUAUUGCAUUAGAAAGUAUCUGUGAUGUUUCAAACCUGGAGAACUUGAGUGAACUGAACCUUACAAAUUGUAAGAAAGUUGAGGAUAUACCCGGGCUGGAAUGCUUGAAUUCCUUGGUAAGGUUGUAUAUGAGUGGCUGCAAGGCUUGCUCAUCAGCUGUUAAGAGAAGACUUGCGAAAAAGAGCUACCUGAGGAAAAUACGCAAUCUUAGCAUGCCUGGAAGCAAGAUACCAGACUGGUUUUCUCAAGAAAUGGUUACAUUCUCAAAACGAGGAAACCGCCCUCUCAAAAGUGUAAUUCUAUGUGUUGUGGUUUCUCUCAACCAUCAAAUACCUGAUGACCCAAGAGAAGAACUCCCUGCUGUGGUAGAUAUUCAAGCGCAGAUCCUCAUACUGGAUUCUCCUACUUACACUACAGCAUUGAUCUUAUCGGGAGUACCCAAUACAAAUGAUGAUCAAUUUCACUUGUGCCGGUAUCCAAUUGAUCAUCCUUUGGUGUCCCAGUUGAAAGAUGGUUAUAAGAUACAUGUAAAGAGGAGAGAGCCGCCAUAUGUGAAAGGGGUGGAGCUGAAGAAGUGGGGGCUAUAUUUGAUUUACGAAGGCGAUGAUGAUUAUGAAGGAGAUGAAGAAUCAUUAAAUGAAAGCCAGCAAUCCCUUUCAGAACAACUGGCAAAUUUCUUCAGCACUUUCGAAUAA